CAAUUUGUCAGAUCAACAAAAUUCAACACCUAAGAAAAAAAUAGAAAAAUUGCUUUUUUAAACGUAUUUAAUUGAUUUGGAUUCUAUUUUGCUUUGAAAAUAUCAAAUAUGAUCGAAAUAACAUGCAAUGAUCGUUUGGGCAAAAAGGUUCGAGUAAAGUGCAAUCCUGAUGACACCAUUGGAGAUCUCAAAAAAUUAAUAGCAGCACAAACCGGUACUAAAAGUGACAAAAUUGUUUUAAAGAAAUGGUAUACAAUUUACAAGGACCCAAUCAGAUUAUCAGACUAUGAAAUACAUGAUGGAAUGAAUUUAGAAUUGUACUAUCAAUAGGCAAAACGGGAAAAUACUGGAAAAAUACCAAUAAUUUUUAAGAAUAUAAGAAUGUAACUUAAUUUAAGUUUGUUAAAAAUAAAAAUAACCUCGGAUAA